UGUACAGUAGUGGGACGUCCAUCGAUCAACAACACAAACCUUCGCCCCGAAUCCCGAUCCAAUUUGGAUGCCAUAAUCCAAUUGGGAACGCCAUUUCCGCCCGUCGUCCACAACACAAAAACCCUCAUGUCCCCAUGUCCUACAGUGCAUCGGUCCCACAUUACGCCGUAUAUAAGUAGCGGCAACCCACCUCCCAUCGCCUAAAGCCGUUCAGUGAGACCUCGAAGCGUGUUACAGCAUACUGCGAACAAAUGUCGCAAGUUUUUGAUUUCACGGAACAUUCUCAUCGAAGAUGGAACCCGUUGACGGAGUCGUGGGUUCUGUGUUCACCGCACCGUGCGAAGCGACCAUGGCAAGGUCAGCAGGAGUCGAAUACGGUGGAAAAGCGACCGGAGUAUGAUCCGAAGUGCUACCUUUGCCCCGGGAACUCCAGGGUAGGCGGAGAGCUGCAGAAUCCCAACUAUGUCCGCACCUUCAUCUUCCCCAACGACUUCCCUGCCGUAAACCAACACCAGCCAUCUUUCCACGAGUCAAGCCCCGUACCGACAUCCGACGACAAGCAGUCAUCGUCAGUCACAUCCCUCGCAAACGACCUCCUGAAAGCCGAAGGCGUCCGCGGCCAAUGCAAAGUGAUCUGCUUCCAUCCGCGCCACGACCUAACCAUGGCGCAAAUGACCGUCGCGGAGAUCACGCCCAUCAUCGACGCAUGGGCCGCCGAGUAUACCGAGCUGGCCAAAGUGCCAUACAUCAACUACGUGCAGAUUUUUGAGAACAAGGGCGCGGCGAUGGGAUGCUCUAACCCGCACCCGCAUGGGCAGAUCUGGGCGUUGGAGGGUGUGCCGGAGGAGCCCAGCAAGGAGAUUAGGGCAAUGAGGCGGUACCGUGAGAAGAAGGGCGCGGACCGGUGCUUGUUGUGUGAUUACGCGACGUUGGAGAGUUCGGAUAGGUCUCGCCUCGUAUGCGAGAAUGACUCUUUCGCUUGCGUCGUUCCGUUCUGGGCGGUCUGGCCGUUCGAAACCAUGAUUGUCGCUAAGCAGCACGUCACUGCCCUGCCCCAAUUGUCUGCUUCCCAACGCACCGACCUCGCUGACAUCCUCCGCCGAAUCACCUGCAGGUACGACAACCUCUUUCAGACGUCUUUCCCGUACUCAAUGGGAGUGCAUGGCGCGCCUACCGAUGGAAAGGACCAUGAUGGGGACUGCCACUUGCAUUUGCACAUGUACCCGCCGCUUUUGCGCAGCGCUACGGUCAAGAAGUUUCUGGUGGGUUUCGAGAUGAUGGGCGAGCCGCAGCGGGACUUGACAUCUGAGCAGGCGGCGGAGAAGUUGCGGAACUGCUCGGAGGUUCAUUUCACUGUUGAGCCGAAGAAGGAGUAGAAAUCCCCCACCGAUUCGUAUCGUCCCUGCAUAGCAUAGAAUCUAGGGACAUGUAGUACCAUAGCAGCUCUCUGACACUUCAAUUUCGUAUUCAUUCAUUCAUCCCCGAACCGCCCUUCGAACGCAUAUGCCCCUUGCCAAAGGAGAACUCCCAACC